AUGCGCGCCGUGCGCGUCGAGGGCCAUGACGGCCGCCCAAACCAACUGCUCGUGUCCAUGGCGCCGAACGCCACGUCGAACGUCGUGUACUUUCCGGGCGACGUGCAGAAUUUCGAGCACCGCAUGCGCAAGAGUCGCUUCAAAGCGUGGACCGCCUACUCGUACGAAGCGACCGCGCUCUCGCUCGCCGACAAGUUUCCGGACGCGACGAUCUGGAUCGUGCAGCCGGCGACGAUCUUCCCCAGCGGCGUGAGCUGCUACGAGCACUUUCUCGAGCCCGAGGACCCGGCCAACCCGAUCGCAUACGUCCCACACGGCCAUGCGACGCGACAUCUUGAGCGCCUCAUGGAAAAUGCGUCCGAGUGCAUCGACAACACGGCCUACUUGCGGCCCGACCUGCCGCUGCACCUCGUUGGCUUUAGCCGGGGCGUCGUUGUGCUCAACCAGAUGAUCACAGAGCUGGCUGCGAUGCCGCCCAGCACACCUCUUGCCUCGCCGGCCGUGCGCCAUUUGUUUCAGCACGUACUUUCGAUCCACUGGGUGGAUGGCGGCAACGGCAGCAGCGCCGGGGCACUCCCGACACACUCCCUCGCGCUCUCCGUUCUGAGUGACUUUCCGAAUCUGGGCCUCCAUUUGCACUGGACGCCGUACCAGAUCGCAUCCCGUCUGCGUCCGUGGAUCGCCCAAGAGAACGUUGCGUUUUGCAAGACGAUGGAGGGCCUCGGAUGUCCCCCACGUGUGCUACAGUACUUUAGCCACACACUGGGCUCGCUCGAGGACCAUUUCGGGAUUCUCGAUGCUCUCCAGAUAUUGCCAUCGACGGUCGUCGACGAUGGCGUGCCAUGA